CCAGUGAGAUGUACUUCAUGUGAGCAGUAAAAGCUGUGUAAAAGCUUUUCAUUUGUAGUUUAGUUUGCAAAAUCUAGAAACCCCCCAAGGAUGGGUGAAACCAGUGUAGAUGGAGCAAAAAUGACAGACUCUCCAGGUGGAAAUACAGCCAUUAAGAGUGAACAAAAGACAGAGGGAAACUCUUUCUUUAGCUGGCUGUUGGUGCUGGCUUUGCUGGGGGCUUGGUUGUCUGUGGGUGUUGUGUGGUUUGACCUUGUUGACUACAGUGUGGUUGGUGCUCUUGGAGGAGUAUAUGAUGCUGAUGGCGAUGGAGACUUUGAUGUAGAAGAUGCCAAAGUUUUGUUGGACUUGCAUGCAGAAACUCUACCUGGUGAAAACAAAGAAUCCACAUCACACUCUCCACAUGGGUCUGCAUCCGAUGCUGAACCUUCAUUAGAGUUCAAAACAGAGGAAUCAAGACCUGCAAACCAAAUUUCACCAGAGUUGCCACCCACAACUCAACCUGUGCCUACAUCAGUCUCCACACCUGAAUCAAUUACUGAGACAACAGAAUUCAAAGAAGAACCCUCAGUAGAGUCCAAAGAAGAAAAAGAAGCAAAAAAGAAGAAACCAAAACUUCUUAAUAAAUUUGACAAAACAAUCAAAUCUGAGAUCAAUGCUGCAGAGAAAUUACGCAAUAAGGGAAAAUUUGAGGAAUCUCUCCGUGCUUUUGAAGCUCUUGUCCAGAAAUUCCCACAAAGUCCGAGAUGCCGAUACGGCAAAGCCCAGGCAGAAGAUGAUUUGGCAGAGAAAAUUCACAGUAAUGAGAUGCUCCUGAAGGCAGUGAACACAUACAGAGAAGUAGCCGAGCUCCCAGACGUACCACCUGACCUCAUCAAAGCCACAUUAAAGAGACGUGCAGAGAGACAACAGUUCUUAGGUCGUACACGGGGAUCUUUAGCCACUUCGGAGAAGCUAGUUCAGAUUUUCCCAGAAGACAUCAGCCUAAAGAAUGACUUGGGAGUGGCACAUCUGCUUCUGGGUGACAACAAGGGUGCAAAACGAAUAUAUGAGGAGGUUUUAGCUCGUGCCCCACAUGAUGGAUUUGCUAAAGUGCAUUACGGGUUCAUACUUAAAUCCGAAAACAAGAUUGCAGAGAGCAUACCGUACCUGAGGGAAGGUUUGGAGUCUGGAGAGCCAGGAACUGAUGACGGAAGGUUUUACUUUCAUCUUGGGGAUGCUUUACAGAGAACAGGAGACAAGAGUGCCUAUGACUGGUAUGAGGCAGGGCAUCGGCAAGGUCACUUUGCCUCUGUAUGGCAGAGAUCUCUGUAUAAUGUCCCAGGGCUUCGUGCUCAACCCUGGUGGAUGGCUGAAGAGACUAGAUAUACAGCUUUAGUCAAGAUGUUGGAACGUAACUGGUUGACCAUUAGAGAUGAAGCACUGUCAGUGUUAGACAGCAACAGUGGGCAGUUCUUGCCUGAAGAUGAAUAUCUGAGAGAGACAGGAGACUGGGGCCAGUUUACACUGUGGCAGCAGGGUCGAAAGGUUGCUUCUUCAUGUCGCUAUGUCCCAAAAACCUGUGCUUUGCUGGAACAUUACCCAGAGGCCACUAGCUGCAAAAGAGGCCAGAUAAAAUUUUCAGUAAUGCAAGCUGGUACUCAUGUAUGGCCUCACACUGGUCCCACCAACUGUCGUCUACGAAUGCAUCUAGGCCUCGUCAUCCCUUCUAAGGGAUGCAGGAUUCGCUGUACAAACCAAACAAGGGAGUGGGAAGAAGGAAAAGUGUUAAUAUUUGACGACUCAUUCGAGCAUGAAGUCUGGCAGGAAGCAGAAAGCUACAGACUCAUCUUCAUUGUGGAUGUCUGGCACCCACAACUCACCCAAUUACAGAGGCAGACUCUGUCACCAAUAUAGAAGAUUUAUCCAAAAACUUGAGUUUUGAAAAGUAGGUCGACAGCCAAUCGGAGUGAAAGAUUUACUGUUCUAAGCCAAUCACAGAUUUCAUAAAUCACAAAUAUAAAUUGUGCUGUCCUGUGGUGCAGAUUACAAGGCAAUGUGAAUAUAUAAGUCUUAUGAUUGAUAGUUGUAAGUAAUAUGUGAUUUUUGAAGAACAUAAAGGAUGGAUUUAGAAGUUCAAGGGUUUUAAAAGGACAUUUCACCUAAUAUUCAAGAUCUUAAUCAGUUAAAGCAUAUAUGAUUUAAAAUCAUGUUUCAGAAGGAUGUUUUGAGGGCUCAACAGUAAAAUUAAAGAAAUAAUAAGGAUUAAAACGUACAUUUUGAGAUUUAUAUCUUAAAUUAGAUUGAAAGGUUACCUUUAGUGAAAUAACAGUACAAUGAGAUGCAUUUGCUCUAUCUUACUGAAAAAAGGAGACCUCGGUCACUUUUUAUAGAUAUAUGAUUGAACAUUGCACUGUAUGUUGUGGGUUACUUUGUAUAUGUGUGUCCAGGUGAAUACAUAAAUGAGCAGAUGUGUUAGCUAUAAGAGAUGUGAGCACAGCCAUAAAAAAGGGGGAAAAAAAUCACUUUAUGCCUUUUCCAACCUUGGAAACUAUUCUAUUAAGGUCAUGUGUACUUGGGAGACCUGCCAAGAACAUGUCCAGGUCAUCAAACAAAAGAAAUUUGACUAAAUUUUUUUUUUUUUUUGGUGAAAUGUGAUGUGGAUAUGUUUUGUUCAGAUACAUAGCAAGCACACACAUUUUAUUAACACUACAAAUUCUAAUUGAUUUUUGUAUACAUGUUUGUUUUCAUAAUUUCAUCAUGCCAAAAUGUUUGU